AUGACUGCGGCGUCGGCGUGGUCGCGAACGCAAUCUUCGUCGUCGCCACAAGCCGCCCACCCGAGAAAAUGCCGUGGAAUAUGUAGCGUCUGUUCCUCGCCAUCCUCUUGGGGUUCAACGACGACGAUAGCAUGGCCCAGCAAAUUCGACAGGCGUCCCUCCCCGCUGGUGUUGGAACCAGAGCUUCAACUUGUUCCUUGGAGGCCCCCUUCUGCACCGGCCGAGAUUCCCUCGCUCACACUCGCGGAUGCAACCUCUAUUCUGCGAGAAACCGCUGACGCCCAUGCCCGGGCGAAAUGCAGGCGAAAGGAGGGCAUUUUGAAGCUCGACAACGACAAUAGAGACGAAAGUAAAAAGCUGGAGAAAUUCCGCGGUGUUGUGGCUACGAUCUCGCAUACAGCAGCAGAGACGGCCGCGUCGAGGUGGAUCGUUGUGGCGGGCAUCGUUAAAGAGUUUGCAGCUUUUGCGAGUCGAGCUUCCGAGUGGGCCAGGGGGCCGGCCGAGUCUGGAUGGCGGCUUGGGGGGGGCCGCCGCAUGGAAGACCUCGUCUCAAAACAUGCCAAGGCAGGAAAUUCGAUGAGGGCUGCCAAGUUGGCCAGUUGGGCGCUAGAGAGGCUGAAAAAACAGAUUGUGGACCUCGUGGCUGUGCGACACGUCCUUAUAAAGAAGCUACUGGAAGAACUUGGGCCAUGUGGCGAAACUAUGAAUAAGUAA